AUGGCUACCAGAGAUCACUGCCUACUAUGCUUUGAGGCGCUAGAAGCUCGUCUCACCCAUCGGAAAGCUCUGACUUUGGAAGAGAUUCAAGAAUCUUCAGCCUCUGCCUCGGAUUCAGAGCCUGUUGCUCCAAAGACCCUUGACGAUCCCAGUCUUCGACAUCUAGCGAUCCCUGAUGCCAGCGCUUCUUCUUCUUCUUCCUUUUCGACCUCGCUAGGUGCUUCCACACCGGCCACGAGCACCUCUUCUCUUCCUAUUCCCCCAACAUCUGCCCCGCUAUUCGUGACAUGGAAUACAAUGGAGGAUGGCGAGCCCGUGCUCCGCGGUUGUAUCGGCACAUUUGAAGCUCAAGAUCUAGCUGAGGGUAUCCCGGAAUACGCCCUUAUCUCUGCCCUGCAAGACACUCGCUUCUCCCCAAUCAGAAAGUCCGAGUUACCUACGCUCCAGGUCGCAGUGACACUCCUGACCGAUUUUGAAGAAGUCGAUGACGUUUUCAACUGGGAAAUUGGCGUUCACGGCAUCAGACUUUCAUUCUACGAUCGUGGCCGCCGUUAUGGCUCAACCUACCUCCCAGACGUAGCCUCCGAGCAGGGAUGGACUAAAGAAGAAACACUCUUCAGUCUCAUCCGCAAGGCGGGGUGGACUGGUAGUCGAGGACGUUGGAAAGACUUGGAUCUCAAGGUCACACGCUACCAGGGCAAGAAAACGACUCUGGAGUACGCUGAUUACAAGAAGUGGAUUGGUGAGGCGUCGCGAGGUAGCUAG